CUAACCACUGCCGACUGUGGACGACUGAUAGCGACAGUAUAACAGACUUGACAGAAAACAUGACAUGACUGCAAGUUUGAGAUGGCAUAGCAUUGCAGAAUGAUAUAGAAGAGAAUAAGUGGGGAGUGCUUGCCGCCGAAAAGCGGGGGAACAACGUUGUAGAAGGGGAAGGCUGGAGUGAGAAAAAUCUUGAUAUGGCUUGGCCAGUGACCACACGUACGGCAGUCCGUAUAUACGCACGCGCACAUGCUGCUUUCUAACGUGAACGCUGCACAAAUCAUACAUAUAUGCACAGACAUAGAUAUAUGUACAUAUAUACAUAUAUAUUGUAUUAAUUGUCAGUUUAAGAAUUUAAAAUGGUUUACAUGCAGCCCCAAUAAUGAUGUUAUUCUGAUCUGAGUAAAAGUCGAGUUAACAAAGUAUUGGAGUGUUAAAGUCUAUAAACAGCUUAUUUUCGUUAUUGGAAAAAUAAACUAAUAAAAAUGUAUAAAAUGAAUUUGCUUGCCAAUAAAAAUAUGUCUGCAAUGCUGCACACUGUUACUCGAAAUAUUGCUUCUCUAUCAAUGCUAUCGGAAACACAACAAAUGCUGCAUAAAACAUGCAAGGAUUUUGUGGAAGGGGAGUUGAAACCGAUAGCGGCAGAAAUCGACAAAAAGCAUAUUUUUCCAAAAGAACAGAUUAAGAAAAUGGGAGAAUUGGGUUUAAUGAGUAUAGCAAUCCCUGAAAGUUUAGGUGGAACUGGUUUAGAUUAUUUGUCUUAUGCCAUUGCAUUGGAGGAAAUAUCUAGAGGAUGUGCCAGUACAGGUGUUAUAAUGAGCGUUCAUAAUUCUCUUUAUUUAGGGCCAAUAGAGAAGUUUGGCAAUAAAAAUCUGAAAGACAAAUAUAUUACGCCAUUUGUGACUGCUUCGCAACUUGGAUGUUUUGCUCUUAGCGAACCUGGUAAUGGUAGCGACGCAAGUGCUGCUUCCACCACUGCCAAGUUGGAUGAUAAUAGCUAUACAAUAAAUGGCACAAAAUCAUGGAUAACAAACGGUUAUGAAUCAGAUGCAAUUGUUUUAUUUGCUUCAAUUGAUAAACAAAAAAAGAACAAAGGAAUAAGCGCUUUUGUAGUUGAUAAGUCUUCAGGUGGUCUUUCUCUUGGCAAAAAAGAAGACAAGCUUGGGAUUCGAGGCAGCAGUACUUGUUCAUUAAUAUUUGAAGAUUGCAAAGUACCAGCUGAAAAUUUGUUAGGGGAAGCAGGAAUGGGUUUUAAAAUUGCAAUGAUGACAUUGGAUGCUGGUAGAAUAGGCAUCGCUGCUCAAGCUUUAGGCAUAGCUCAAGCAUCUCUUGACUGUGCUGUCGAAUACGCAGCAAAACGUCAAGCGUUUGGUAAAUCUAUAAUUAAGCUACAAGCGAUUCAACAAAAAAUCGCUGAUAUGGCACUAAAACUAGAAAGUUCAAGAUUAUUAACGUGGCGCGCAGCUGUACUCAAGGACAAUGGUAUGCCGUAUACGAAGGAAGCUGCUAUGGCAAAGUUAUCGGCAUCCGAGACAUCUACCUUCUGCAGUCAUCAGUGUAUACAAAUAUUAGGAGGUAUGGGAUACGUAACCGAUAUGUCGGCCGAACGUCACUAUAGAGACGCACGUAUCACCGAGAUUUAUGAAGGUACAUCGGAAAUACAAAGACUUGUUAUAGCCGGAAACAUUAUCAAAGAAUACAAUCUUAAUUGAGACUUUCGAAUAUAAGGCCGUCUGUCCAUAGUGCACGCGUCAUAGACGCGCAAGCAAUAAAAUAUCGCUUGCUGCACACUUUGGUGCUGCAGCUAAUGUAAAUUAAUAGAUACCCGUCCACGAAGGGUCGUCGUCACGCCUUCUCCGCGACUUGCAUUCGUCAUGACAUUGUCUAUCACACCCCAAUCAGCAAGAAACUAUUGCAGCUAUUUUUGCGAUAUCACAAGCUUUAAAUGGUGUUCGUCUUCACACCAGUUAAAAUAUGAAAUCAAAAAUAUAUAUUAACAUCUAAAAAAUUGAAGUGAUGUCAGUAUUUUUAUUUUUUGUAUUGGUAUUUGUAGAAAAAUAUGAGUAUUGAUCAACUUUUGUUGGCGACAUUUGUUUGCCAAAUCAUCGGAAAUAUGUGAGCAUCGUUUCAAAGCUUUAAUCUGGUCGCAGUCGCAUUAAAUUGACCAAAGAACGCUUUUAGUACUACAAGUACCUAUUUUUUAAAAUGCGCAUAUCUUUAAAAGUGACUAAUAGUUGCACUCAAAAAUUUUGUAUUACUCUUCAUAAUUGUCUAAACUUUUAUAUGAAACAAGUUCCAUGUCGAUUAUUUCUGAACAUCUUUUUGUUAUAAAUAUUGUGGCACAUGUACAUGUUUUAUAAUUAACAUUUUUGUAAAUACAAGGACGUAACCAGAACUUUCUUCUGCUUCUUAUGCGUCGAAUAUAAUUAUAGAGAAUCAUCGCGUUCUUCUCGUUAGUCGGCAUUCUUGUAACUGACGCGAAAAUUGCUUCGUGGACUGAAACAAAGGCGUACGCAUCUAUAAAACGACGCUCCAUAGACUGACAGCCUAACAGUUUAAUAUUUUUUUCUCUUAUGUUUUUAUCUAAACUUUGUAUGUACGAGCAAAAUAUUUUUAUACAUUUCUAUUUUUAUGAAAAUGAAGUCAAUAAAUUUUCUAUAUAUGAUGA